AAUCCCCGUCCCCCAAAAAUCCCUUUCUCUCCCUCUCCCUCUCUGAGUAAAAUCCGCGUCCGUUACGGCGUCUCACCGGCGACGGCGGAGCGACUUCCGGCGAGCAUCGCUGUGGUGAUUUUUUUCAAAUUCAACCGUCACCCGUGGCGGUGGUGCUGGUGUUCAAGGAUCCAAAGCGGCGUGCAUGUGGAAGCGGCGGGAGUUUGUGGGGAUAAUUAAUAGGAAGAAGGCGUUUAAACGGAGGCGUGUUUGGAUGGAUUAAUUGGACUUGUCGAUCACCGGCGGCCGUGAUGGGGGGGAAGUUGGUGUUUGGUGUGACGGUCGGCGUAGCGGUGGCGGCAUGUGUGGUAGCGACGGUGGUAGUCGGUCGGAGAGUUAAGAGCCGGAGUAAGUGGAAGAGAGUGGUCGGGGUUUUGGAAGAGCUUGAAGCGACUUGUGAUACUCCUGUGAGGAGAUUGAGGCAGGUGGUUGAUGCUAUGGCUGUGGAAAUGCAUGCUGGGUUGGCUUCUGAAGGUGGUUCCAAGCUUAAAAUGCUACUCACAUAUGUUGAUAAUCUGCCUAAUGGGAGCGAGAAAGGAACAUUUUAUGCUCUGGAUCUUGGGGGUACUAAUUUUAGGGUUUUGAGAGUUCAUCUCGGUGGCCAGAGGUCUCUUACUUUGAAGCAUGAUGUGGAGCGGCAGCCAAUUCCCCAAAAUUUAAUGACGGGCACACGCGAGGGUCUAUUUGAUUUUAUUGCUUCAUCACUGAAGGAGUUUGUAGAGAAAACAGAUGAUCCUGAUGAGUUGGCCCCUAGGAGAAAGGAACUUGGAUUUACAUUUUCCUUUCCUGUUAAACAAACAUCUGCUUCAUCAGGCGUGUUGAUUAAAUGGACUAAAGGAUUUUCCAUUGAGGACAUGGUUGGAAGAGAUGCUGCAGAAUCUUUACAACAAGCCAUUGAUAAGAUCGGACUAGAUAUGCGGGUAUCAGUACUGAUUAAUGACACUGUGGGAACAUUAGCUGUUGGACAUUAUCAAGAUCCUGACACUGUUGCUGCAGUUAUAAUUGGCACUGGCACCAAUGCUUGCUAUGUCGAACGUACAGAUGCUAUUAUCAAAUGCCAGGGGCUUUGUACGACAUCUGGGAGCAUGGUUAUUAACAUGGAAUGGGGAAAUUUUUGGUCUUCUCAUUUACCAAGAACUACUUAUGAUAUUGAUUUGGAUGCUGAUAGCCCCAAUCCCAGUGAUCAGGGCUUUGAGAAGAUGAUAUCGGGUAUGUAUCUUGGUGAUAUCGUGAGGAGAGUGAUUCUGAGAAUUUCACAAGAAUCGGAUGUAUUUGGCCCUGCUUCUACUCGAUUAUCAAUGCCCUUCAAAUUGAGAACACCAAUGAUGGCUGCAAUGCACGAGGACAGCUCCCUGGAAUUGACAGAGGUAGCACGGAUUUUUGAAGACAUCUUGGAGAUCACUGAUAUACCCUUAAAGGUUCGGAAGCUCGUAGUGAAAAUAUGCGAUAUUGUGACACGUAGAGCUGCUCGCUUGGCAGCUGCUGGUAUUGUGGGCAUCCUGAAGAAGAUAGGGCGGGACGGAACAAGUGGAAUUGCUGGUGGAAGAAGUAGAGCCGACGUCAAACUUAGACGAACAGUUGUUGCAAUUGAGGGAGGUUUAUAUACAAGCUACACAAUCUUCCGAGAGUAUCUACAUGAAGCUUUGGUUGAAAUACUGGGAGAGGACAUUGCCCCGCAUGUUAUUUUGAAGCCAACAGAAGAUGGUUCAGGUAUUGGAGCAGCACUACUGGCAGCUUCUUAUUCAUCGUAUGAUACGGACGCAAACUUGCUAUAAAUACACACACAUACAUAAUUAUAUAGAUCGACUAUAGAAAAGGUAUUCAUAUUAUUAUACACAAAAUGAUAGCUUCCUUUAGCUUGUACAUUUAGCAAUUCAUUUCAAUAUUUGAUUAUCUGUGUAUAAAGAAGGCUGUCCAUAUAUUUGUUUUAUUCUUCUUUGUUCAAAAGGGUUUCAAUGGUUCAUUCUAUUGCAUUGUUUGUUUGUUAUAUGUUCAUUGCAACAUAUGAAGUUAUGUACAAAGACAGAUCAUGAUUUCAAAUGGGUAUGGAAAUAUGAUGUGAAAAUUCCUCCUUUGUUCUUCA